CCCCUUCUCUGUAUAUAAGGCAGCACAUGUGGGGUAGAACUGUUUAGUCACCUGCCUCUGUCCAAGGGAUUAGUAGCAGUGGGAAGUGAUGCUGUUUCUCCUCUCUUCUGCAGUUUGCGGGAGGUGAAGGAGCUCUGGCUGGACUCAAUCCUUGGGCAAACAAAAGGACCGAAGGAAAGCAGAGUGUCCAGAGCUCCCCCAAUCAAACUCCUAAUGAAAGUGUUAAGCAGCUGUAAUACUUCAAAGACACUAAGUGCUGGGAACAUGGAGAGUCUGAUUGAGUGCCAGUCAGAGGCUGAUGUCAAGAAAUGCCCCCCACUGUUCCCAGCAGAUACUGAAGACGGACUUUGUCACUCAACUGCAGAUGAAACAAAGAAAAAAAAGAUGUUAUCACAGUCGUUUACUCUGAGACGAAGAUCUACUAACAGGAAUUCCCUAGGACAACUAGAAUCGGGUGCCAAAAUUGCUCUGUUUGGCCAGCCUCUGGCAAUUAUCUGUGGGGAAGAUGACACACUGCCCCAACCGGUCCAGGAUCUCCUAGCUAUAUUGUAUGUGAAAGGACCUGCCACUGAAGGGAUAUUCAGAAAAGCUGCCAAUGAGAAAGCACGAAAGGAGUUGAAGGAGGACCUUAACAAAGGCGGGAAUGUUGAUUUGAAAAGCAAAUCUGUGCACCUGCUGGCAGUGGUCUUGAAGGACUUCCUCCGAAAUAUUCCUUCAAAACUCCUCUCAGCCGAUCUCUAUGAGAAGUGGAUACAAGCUCUGGAGAAGCCAAGCAAGCAGGAAAAAAUUGAAGAAUUGAAAGAGGUGGCUGAUAAACUGCCUAGACCGAAUCUCAUCUUGCUCAAGAACUUGCUGUCUCUGCUUCAUCACAUCAGCCAAAACGCUGAGUCCAACAGGAUGGACUCCAGCAAUCUAGCCAUCUGCGUUGGUCCAAAUAUGCUGAGCCCAGAGAUGGACAACAUGCUCCCACUGGAAGUGCAGAAGGAGAUGAAUGACAAGGUGACAGCAUUGGUGGAGUUCCUCAUAAACAACUGCUCAGAAAUAUUUGGGGAGGACAUCGCUUUGCCUGUCUGUGCCUUGACUGAGGAGUCACUAGAGCACACAGACAGCUCCACAGAACACCUAUGUGCUGCUCAUCAGAAUGACUCUGCCUAUGACAGCCCAGAUCCUGAAGCUGAAGCCAGCCCCUGUACAUCCCAGAUGGAGCAGCUCAAAGGGAGGAGCACUAGUGUGAGCAAGAGAUAUGCAAAAGGCAUAUCUGCCCCUUCACUGACUAAUUCCAGAAAUGACAUCAGCACAAUGGACAGGAGGUACUCAGAGCCAGACCUGUCCUUCCAGAACCACCUUGAAGGCAGGAUAAGGAAACAGAAGCUAAACAAAAGUGAGGACAACUUUCCAGUUCAGCAGAAACAGCUAGGGAUGGAGGCAUUGGAGAAACGUCUUGCAAUCUUACAUUCACGAUUAUCAACUGACUCUCUACCCAAAACAUCCUCCAGUUGCUCCCUGGAGAGCUCUGAUGGCUCGGUCUUCACCAGCUCGCCAGUAGUUUCACCCUCUAGUCCCAAAAAAACCUUUUUAAAUAGGCCCCAGUCCUUUUCCACCAAGGCCACUGAAGACUGCAUUAUGCCUAGCAGAGAGAUCAAAAAGCAUUCCAUGUCAUUCUCUUUUGCAAGCCACAGGAAAACACUAAUAAAAACUCAGAGCUGGGGGCCUGGUAAAAACACAUUUUUUCAGAGAGACAAUUUCACAAAGAAAGAAGAUCUGUUCUCCUGCAGAGUUGUCCAGAACAGCCCUGAUGAUGACAAACCAUUGCCUGUGGUGUGUCAGCAAAGGCCCCGUUUCAGGUCAGCUGAUGAAGUGUUCAGAGAGGUAGACCAAAGGAAUCCUGGAAGACCACCCUCUUAUGAAGAGGCUACUAAAAGUUGCCUGGCCACUCAAGUUCCCUCCUACAAUCUCACAGUUCAAAGUAUGAGAUCAAAGGUGUCAAACCAGGACACUUUGCCACCUCAUCCAUGCAGCAGCUGUGCACAGGAUGCAGCAUAUGUCGCUUUAAGGGAUCUACCUAGUGGCAGAGUUUCUGCAGUGAAGGAUUCUGAUGUGGAAACUGAAAAUCUCAGCAUCACCAUUGGAAUAAAUUCCCGUGUGAGUUUGCCCGUGACCCCAGGAGUCUACCGAUUGAGAACCAUGUCUGAAUCCUGUCAAAAGAACAAACUUGAGUAUGUGGCUCGAAGGUGCAGCCAGCCAGUUUUUGAGGCAGACCAGAUUCAGUAUGCUAAGGAAUCUUAUGUUUAAAAGGCCUACCCCUCCUUCUCACACUGUACAAAGUAAAUAUUGUGGAAAUAGACAUUUUACUUUCAAGACACCAAGAAUAAGCUAGCUCUGCAUGAACUAUUUUUUAACUUGAGGCUCUCCUGAAGUGUCUGUCAACUUGACAUAUCACAUUCUUCCACCACAAGAGGUGGUGGUGAAGACCUGUGUAGUAUUAUGUAAAAAUGCAAGUGAAUAUGCUGUACAUAACCUGUUGUGUGGGAAAAUUAGUUAGUAAUUCAUAAACAGUGUUGUAUUUGUAUCCCUGAAAGGACAAUGAAAAGGUUGGCAGGUCCAAAACCAAUCCCACCUUCCUCUUCUUUUCUGUAUGGUCACAGAAUCCAUGUCAUUUGUUACGUGUGUGUGCAAGGCUGAGGCAACACUUUGCUGAUCUUCUGCAUUAAGAAGUGGGCUGGCAGUUACUCCAUCCAAGGGAGGAAGAGCUGUUCUGUCAUCAAGGCCACUUCAGCACUUUUCCAUAAGCCUCCUGUACCUGCUGCCAUUCCCUUUUCCUGCUUGCUGAUGAUAAGACUGAUCUGACUACUAAGCAGUAUUAGUGUUGUAUACUGAGCCUGGAUUUAGAGCCACUGAACCCCUACAAGGUCAUUAAGGGAAUGCAUCAAGUAAAGCUUGUGGCCUGAGGUGCUUCUAGUGUAAAUAAACUGGACAGGCUAAGCAGAAGGAAGGAGUAUCUUCAGGCCUGCUUUUAUGAGGGGGAAAAAACCCAAACAAACAACAAAAAAAUCCUGUAAGGAAACAUUAUGGAUUCCAGCUUUAAAUAGUAAAAGCUGCAGUUAAUUUUAAAUAAAUAGAUAAAUUAAAAAAAAAAUACAAACCAGAAAAUCACAGACAGUGUCCUUAUAACUUUGUAAAAAUGACUGGAAGUGCAAUGUGUUUUUACAUGUAGGAACUUGUUUUGGUUAGCACUUACCUCCUCUUUUAUGGCUCAGCAUAGCCUUGAACCAAGAGCAGGGAGGCUUUUGGUUUUUUCCUGUGUAACUUCACUACAAUAAAAC